GGAGUAUACUCGGAGAGACGAAGGCAGAACUCUCCGAAAACCCAUUUGGAUCCCUCCUCUCUCUGAUCUCUUCCCAUGUCGCCGACGACUUGCUAUUCUUAACCUUUUCCGUACGCCUCUCAACGCACUCUCUUCUCUUUUCAAUUCCGAUCUCUUCAGCCCAUCCUGUCUCUACAACAAUCUCUUUACGAGAGGGAUUGAGAGCUUUGUGUGAAUAGUUGUAGUCUGUAUUCAGUAGUUCCCGAUGGCAGCACCACCAGCAAGGGCUCGUGCCGAUUACGAUUAUCUUAUUAAGCUUCUCCUCAUCGGCGAUAGCGGUGUUGGGAAGAGUUGUCUGCUUUUGCGAUUUUCUGACGGUUCCUUUACCACCAGUUUUAUCACCACUAUUGGCAUUGAUUUUAAGAUAAGAACCAUUGAACUUGAUGGAAAGCGCAUUAAGUUGCAAAUAUGGGAUACAGCUGGUCAGGAAAGAUUUCGAACUAUCACAACAGCUUACUACCGUGGAGCCAUGGGCAUCUUGCUGGUUUAUGAUGUUACUGAUGAAGCAUCUUUCAACAAUAUUAGGAAUUGGAUUCGUAACAUUGAACAACAUGCGUCUGACAAUGUAAACAAGAUACUUGUUGGCAACAAGGCUGAUAUGGAUGAAAGUAAAAGGGCUGUGCCUACCUCCAAGGGUCAAGCUCUAGCUGAUGAGUACGGUAUCAAAUUCUUUGAAACUAGUGCAAAGACAAACAUGAAUGUGGAGGACGUUUUCUUUUCAAUAGCAAGGGAUAUCAAGCAAAGACUCGCGGAAACAGAUUCUAAAGCUGAGCCUCAGACUAUCAAGAUUAACCAACCAGACGCAGCUGCCAGUGGAGGUCAAGCUGCGCCAAAGUCCGCUUGCUGUAGUUGAAGAGAAUCACCAUGCACAGUGGCAUUCAAUUGUCUGGGUGGUGGAGCUAAUUUGAUGACGCUAGAUGUGAGCCCUUGUAUUUGUCCCUGUAUUUUUGGACUGCAAAGAUGGUGUUUAAAAGUUAGUAUUUUAAAUUUCUUGCUCUUAGUUUGUGGAAUCUGGUCCGACUUCUGACUACUUCAUUUGCUUCGCCUUCCUCUUCCAUUUGUAGUUCGACUAUAUGAAAAAGAAAUAUUUUACAUAGAUUACUUGGAA